CCUAUUUUUUUCUCGUUGUGUUUGCGUUGCCCUUCCUUUCGAGUUGCUGCGAGACACCGAUGCACUACAUUAGGGGAGCAGGAAGAGACACACACUUCGAGAAGUCUCAGACCGGGCUCCAGCGAACGACCCACGCAAGAGAAGACGAGACAACACAGCGCCGCCCCGCCCUCCCCCCAGCCCUCGCAACGCCACAAGCACCCACCCACCUGCUUGCUUGCUUCCUUCCCAUGGGAUUCGCAGCGGGCCACGAGCGCCUCAAGAACGCCGUCCACGCGUACUGGAGGAAGAACCCGGUCCUCUCCCCGCGGACCACCGCCGGAAAGGUGGUCAUGGGGACGUUUUAYUUCUCCAUCCCGGUGGUCCUGGGGUACGCCCUGGUGGCCCCCCUUGCCGACCGGACCGAAGCCGCGGCGGGGGAGAGGCUCGCGGCGGCAGCCUCCGGAAGCAAGAGCGAGGGCUCGUCCGGCCGGCCGGAAAAGGUGGGGGCCGGCGGAUGGGGCGGGGGCGUCCGCCUGGCCGAGAGCAGCGCGCGCACCCAGGAGAUCAACAAGACCAACCUCGAGCGCUUUCUCAAGAAACAGCGGAGGCUCAAGGAAGACCGGGAGAGGGAACAACAGGCCUCGUGCUGACCGGGCGGACGGAACCAAACCAAACCAAACCAAACCAAACCAAACCAGACCGGUGGUUGGGGAAACCCGGCGGCCCCCUCGGAAGGGAAUGCCCCACCGGUGCACGAGAAACCCGGUGGCUUUUGCCGAACGGCGUACCCGCCAGGAAUGCMUCUUGUGAACMGAGAACCGAGAAAGAUCAAUUUGUCCGGAACGACGAAUCGCAAUCCCGGGCCAAAACUCGAAUCUGCAACACCGCAGCGGAUUGGAUCGGAGUUCGGUCUUUCUUCCGGAAAUCGCUGGGCGGUUUUGAAUCAAUGUAGUACUACAGUAUAGUGAUUGGCGGCAUUCGCUGCGUGUCGUGUAGCUGACGAACAAAACGAAAGAUUUUUUCUAGAAAAAAAACACACACACACA